AUGAGCACGACCGAGGUGGCAUCAACGUCAACUACUGUCAAAGAAGGAACGACAUCCACUCAGCCUCUUACCACUAGCACGACCAAGGAGGCAUCAACCUCAACUACUGUAAAGGAAGGAACGACAUCCACUCAGCCUCCUACCAUGAGCACGACCGAGGUGGCAUCAACCUCACAACACUGGCAGGAAGGAACGACAUCCACUCAGCCUCCUACCAUGAGCACGACCGAGGUGGCAUCAACGUCAACUACUGUCAAGGAAGGAACGACAUCCACUCAGCCUCCUACCACUAGCACGACCAUGGUGGCGUCAACCUCAACUACUGUCAAGGAAGGAAGCACUUCCACUCAGCCUCCAGCCACAAGCACGACCAAGGUGGCAUCAACGUCAACUACUGUCAAGGAAGGAACGACAUCCACUCAGCCUCCUACCAUGAGCACGACCGAGGUGGCAUCAACGUCAACUACUGUCAAGGAAGGAAGCACUUCCACUCACCCUCCAGUCCACAAGCACGACCAAGGUGGCAUCAUCGUCAACUACUGUCAAGCAAAGAACAAGUUCAGCUCAACACACUAG